AUGCAUGUGUUUCUUGUUUUCUGUCUGAACUUCAACCCAAGUUUAUUUCCUAAUAUUCAUCCAGGCAUCGUUGGUGGCGGUUUGUGCGGUUGCUCGACUGCUUACUUCCUGCGCAAGUUGAUGGGUUCGAACGUCUCAAUUACCCUAUUUGAGAGGUCUGGACGUAUUGGAGGACGCGUCAGAGCUGAACAGGUGGGCGACAGGCUCUACGAAACUGGUGGUACCAUCUUUCUCAGCAGUCAAAAGUAUAUCAACUCAUUCGUCGAUGAAUUUGGUCUCGAAAAAGUUAAUCAUUCCAUGGGGCCCCGUGGGCUCGCUUUCUAUGACGGACACCAACACCUCUCCUACACAACUCUCCGAAAACCUUCCUUUAUAUCUAAGCUCAAAUUCCUAUUUCUCUACAAGAGGGACUUCUUCAAGUUCAAGCAGCACACGCGUAAGACGGCAGAAACUUUCGCUAAGUAA